UGAAGAGAGACUUCUGCCGCGCAUCAGGUGAGACGCACAGCGAGAGAGACGCAGAGCUGUAUCAGCAGUGAGUCCAUAAAUCUCCACUAACUUAAACCGCAACACCUUCCAGGCCCGACAGAGGUGAUCCUGCUGAGCAGGAGAGAAGGAGAGCAGAGAAGGAAGUUUUGGGGAGAAGAACAGCGCAGUAUCGUAUGAUGUCAGUUGUGGGCGCGCAGCCUUUCAUCAAACCUAUGCAGUCCCCACCUUCAGUUUCGCCCGGAAUCCAAAGGAGACACACGCUUCCCGCGAGUGAAGUCCGACCGCUCAACACGCAGGAUGCCAUAAGCGUCUUUGAAAUCGAGCGAGAGGCAUUUAUCUCAGUGUCGGGUGAGUGCCCCCUCCACCUGGAUGAGGUGCGUCACUUCCUCACACUGUGCCCAGAGCUGUCCAUGGGCUGGUUUGAGGAGGGUCGGCUGGUGGCGUUUAUCAUCGGCUCUCUGUGGGACCAGGACAGACUUACCACAGAAGCGCUGACGCUCCACAAGCCGUGCGGCUCCACCGUCCACAUCCAUGUCCUGGCUGUCCACCGCACUUUCAGGCAACAGGGUAAAGGUCCCAUUCUCAUGUGGCGUUACCUGCAGUAUCUCCGCUGCUUGCCCAACGUGCGCCGAGCAGUGCUGAUGUGCGAAGACUUCCUCAUCCCCUUCUACCGCAAAUCAGGCUUCAAGGUGCUGGGGCGCUGCGCCAUCACUGUGGCCAACCUAACCUUCACCGAGAUGUGGUACCCCAUUAGCGGUCACGCAUACAUGCGCCGCAACAGCGAAGCAAUCCGCUUCCCUCAGCAUCCCUUGACUUUGCCCCUGACAAAGACUGAUGAACGGGUUGAUGUAUGAAUUUCUUCCUGCGAGCUGAGCAGGCUGUGUUUAAUCUAAAAGGAAUUAAAUCAAUGUUGUUCUUUGUAGGAUCUUUCAGGGUUUGUCUCAGUUUUCAGCUGUUUCUCUGAUUUGUUGGACUUUCUCUUUUUCUCAAGUCUCUUACUGAAGCUCAAUCGAUCCCAUGAUUUUACUAUGUA